CCUGGUUACGCAAACACAGCGCGGGAGGGAGAGUCCGGACUCGCUUGCGGGAGACUGGAGAAUUGCGGAGCGAGCGCGCAAAGCGCCUUCCUUUUUGCCGGCUGCGGGGAAAACACUUAAGCAGUAUUGACUUCAGUAUGGACCGAUAUGAAGAUAUAUCUGAUCGUGAAGUGGAUCACUCUUUCUUUGAUAGUGAUUUUGAAGAAGAGGUGAAGAAAGAAAGAGCAACAACAGAAAUAAAUAAAAUGGAAAGUUCUUGGCAUGCACAGAUAAAACGUUCAGUUACAGAUGAUUGUCAUUUGAAACAGGAAGCUAAAGUGAUGGAGGAUAACAGUACUGAGGAAGAAAAGCAAUCUAAACAGGCAGAAUCUGAGAAGGAACAUAUGUUAGGCAGUGGUGCUCGUAAUUCAAAUAAUGCUCUUUCUUUGUUAGCUUCUUUAAAUCUGGAGGAUCCAGUUGAUAGAAUCACAGCACAAAAUGAACAAGCCCUUCAUGAAAACAUUCCAGUGCAAAUUCCCCUAAGAAAGAAAGAAUGUGAAGAAAAUUACUACACAGAUGAAGAAGACAGUAGUGAUGAUAGCAGAAAUCAGAGAGUUAGACAUAAGUUCUCUAAACAGCCUAAUGGUGCAAAGGUUAAUAGGAAUGUUAGUUCUUCCUCCUCCUCCUCUUCCCCAUCAUCUAGUUCUGAUACAGAUUAUUCAGACACAGGAUCUGAUGGUUGCUUGUCGGACUCAUCAUGUUCUUUAGAAAAGAAAAACAUAAGAUCACCUCUUCUUUCAUCAGAACAACAGUUAAGCCAAGGAAUAAAGUCAGUGGAAAUAAAAUCAAAACUGGGUGACCACACAGAAGAGUCUGAAGAUACAGUGACUGAUGUAACUCCUCUGUCAACACCAGAUAUCAGUCCCAUCCAAUCUUUUGAAGUAGCAGCAUCCAAUGAUAAGAAAUUAAAGGUUAAAAGACAACAAAAUGUGAGCCAGGAGUUAUAUGAACCUGAGGUAGAUCACAAAUGUCUUCAAAAGGUACUGCAUGAAGCUAUGGACUUGAAUAACCUUUUGAAAGCUUUUCUGAACUUGGAGAAAAAGGAUCAACAAGAACUGGCUUUGAAUCAGUCUUCUCUAGGAUCAAGGAAAAACUACUCAUUCACAAAUGAUGAAGUACGACAAAUUGAUCGGGAAAACCAAAGGCUCUUAAAAGAAUUGACAAAGCAUUCUGCAAAACCCAGAAACAAAAGUGCUUCAGUGAAAAAACCUUCAGGCUCAACACCUAAAAUGUACCACAGUGCCAUCAACAGGCAGAGGGAACAGCAGAGGAUCGACAGAGAGAAUCUGGCUUUUUUGAAAAGACUUGAAGCAGUGAAACCAACAACUGGCAUGAAGCGCUCAGAACAGCUCACAGACUAUCAGCGGCAGAUGGGCUACUUUCGCACUGCUGGAACUCCGAAGCGAGGAAAGUCUGCCUUGAAUCAUCAUAGUCCAUCUAGAGGUACAUCCCGAACUUCCAGUCAUAGUACAUCCAGUACUAUAAAUCGAAGGAGUGAAAAACCAGUUUUUGAUAAAUGGUGCACUGCAGCAGUUGAACCCCAGUAACAUUCAUGGCGCCUGGUUAUAAAUAAUUUGCACUUCGCUAUCAGAAUUCUAAACUCUGAUGUUUUGGGGAUUACUGUAAUUCUGUGCAGGACUAUUGUAAUAUUGAAUAAUUAAAGGAUACUGGAAAGUAGUAUUAACUAUAAAUGGAUACAAUCUUGACUUUUUUCUCAUCUUUCUAGUAUGUGUUGGACAGUAUCUUUAUAGUCAGUAUUUCUUAAAACAAUACUUGUAUUAAAAAGUGACAAUAUUGCAAACCUUAUUUUCUCAAAGUCAAAUGAAAUUUAGGUUUGAAAAUUUGUGUUUAGUCUUAAAUUUUGAAUUACCAUGAAUUUUAAUGUAACUUUGUUAUUGCAAACUUUUAAUUUCAUAAUUUACAAGAUCUAAUAGAAAUAUUAGAUGGAGAGAACAUAUAACAUACAACUUGGCCUUGGUGCUGUCAGUUACAACAUGAAAAACAAAAACUGAAUCUUUUCAGAUCAAUUUUAGUUUAAUUUUAAAAAUGUGGAUUUUAGAUAAGCAGUAGAUAUCUAAAUAAAGGUAAAAAGUAUUGUCUAUUAUCUAGAACUCUAAAGAUCUUGUACUGUAAUGUGUUGACAGUUUUGGUCUGUGAUGUAUUUGCACAAUUAUAUUUAUUAAAUUCUCUAAAAUUUUGUUUCUUGAAGUAAAAAUGAACAGAAAUCUUGUGGGUGCACUUCUUAAAUCUUGGCACUUUGGAAUCUUUCCAUAAGCAUAUUUUUCUUUGACAAAAACUACAAAAUGUGAUUAGUUAUGAAGGUAUGAAAAUUGUACAUCUGUCCUUUAAAAAUUAAGUAAAAUAUUUGAUUGAACCACUUCAGCGUGCAUUUUUUCCUGUAAUUUGAGCCAAAUAUUGUAAGUAGGUUUUAAAAAUCACAUUCUGCUUUUAAUUAUACUUGUAAUAGUUGUCUGCUCCAGAAUAUUAUUUGGAUUUCCCAUCAUUCAUUGAUUUAAGAAAUAAUUUCUAGUUAAUUUCCUGUUUGAAUUACAUAUGCAUUUAUCUUAAUAUUUCUAGGUUGUAAUAGGCUAGGUUGAUUUCUAGUCUAUCUCAAUUAUCUGUCCAUAAGUAUCUGUACAAUAUAUCAGUAAAUUCAUGUUUGUAUAUAAAUUACAUACAUGAACAAAACAUUUUAAUGAACAUAAGCUUUACAUGAAGAGGCACCAAGACAGUGCAAUUACAAUUAAUUAAGUAUUGAAGUAAUACAAAAGCAAAACUAUGGAGAUAAGCCUGAUUUUCUUUAUAAAUAGGAACAAUAUAAACAACAAUAUCUAGAAGCCAUUUAUUUCCCACAGCAUGCUUGUCAUUUCAGUAUAUUUCCUAAUGAUUUCAAACACCGCUUUUGCGGUGGUUUUUUUCAAAAGGUGCUAUGGUAUUUGCACUCAUAAAUAAGGUACUAGAGUUCAUUUUAGCGUUUUAUCUGCAGUACCAUCCAGCUUUAUAUUUUAAAUACUUGUGGAAAAACAACCUUCUCAGAACAUAAGGAAUUUAUAUCUAGUAAAUAUUCCAGUCAUCAGAAAAAUCAGGAAAUGGAUGUAAUACAUUUUAUAUGCCCAUAUGUGUUUUAUCAGUGAACUACUACUAAGUAAUGCACAACUUCAGAACCAUAUACAGCUUCUAAAAGAUUUUAGAUAGGACUGAAUAACUUCUAAAAAUUCUCACUCUUCUGCAAUUUAUGGCAUAAAUGGGAAGUACUAAAUGCAUGAACAAUUGUUUUGUGUUUUUUAACUGAAAAUGCAAUCAAAUUUAACAUCUAUUCAGUUCCCAACUGUGAAGGAUACUGCAACUCAGUGUAAACAAUAGGCAUUUCUAGAGGAAGACAAAAGUUUUCAAAUACAUUAAUUAGGAGAUUAAUACUUGUUUUUGCACAUUGACUUUCUCUAUUUCAGUUCUCUCACACACUGAUGUCAUGAAGUCUAUUCCUAGAAUGCCUCCAAUUAUGAUUCAAAAAAAUGGUAUCUAUUUCAAGAAGCUCAUUAGAUAUAGUCCAUAAGGUUGAAGAAGAUUGUAAUGGGGGGAAAGGAGCAAAAAAUAUCAGAAAAUAAACUUGUAUCUUUAGACCUGAAAGAUUUUGUUAAUGUAGCCUUACAAUAAAGUAAAAUUCACUCAUCUAGUUGUAUUUUGUGUCUGGUUUACCUGGAUGGGCUGUCAGACCCAAGGCCAGAGAUGACACAGUGAAGUCCAAUUGGGUUCAGUCCUUUAUUUGCUUACACCUAAUGGACAGAAUCUUGCCAAACUCAAGCUAUCACCUUCUAACCUACUAGAUAUAUCCUGAGAGAUUCUAGAUGUGGCUACCCUAAACUUCCCCCCUCUCCCAAUCCAGCUCAGGAUUGCUCAGAGUCUUAAUCCAGACUUCUCUGGGAAAACUCUGUAUUGCCAAAACUUUCCCCCACUGCUUCUCCAGAUACACAUUCCAUCACAAAGGCUGACAGUAGUAGACAAUCCAUGACUCAUUGGGUCAUCCUUUUCACAUAUAAUAUAGGCUGGUGCCGUUACCUCUCCCCUCAUGACCCUCAGCAGAGUCCUGAUGAAGCAGCCUCCUCCUCACCUGCCGAAUUGCCUGCCACUUUGCUGGGGUGGGGUAGGGGAAACAAUGGGAGCCACAGAAUGCAAGGAAAACUACCCUCACUCCCAACCCCGCAUGUCCCCAAGAGCUCCUUUACUCCAGGAAGGAAGAGGGCUCACCCAUUGAUCACUGGCACUCCCUAGCCAGCUCUACCUCACCUGCAGGCAUCUGAGUCACUUUCUUAUCCUCCCCUGACCACCCACUGCCAUGAAGAGAGUUCAGAUUUUGCCCUCAGUUUCAAAGCAGCCAAUCACUGGUCACCUGUCAGGCCUUGUUGCUGGCUGAUUGGAUGUAUCAUGCAACCUCUGGGUUUCUGGGAAGUGUAAGGAGCACUGAAGUGAUGACAACUUUACCAAAUUUCAGUCCCAUGGGAACAAUGCAUCCUCACUUUUGAAUGCAUGCGGUAUGUUAUUCUGAGACAAAAUCUGUCAAGGCAUAGAUUUCAAACAGACUACUGUCACUGAAUGUUCCAGGAGCUCAAGCUGCUUUCGCUCUUUCCAACAAUUAACAAAGAAAAUAAAAUGGAUGCUGUUAACCAUAUAUUGAUGAUCACAUAAUACUAAGUUGAAUAAAAGGUGAGUUGUAUCUGACUAUACAG